AUGAGUGCUCAGGAGGUGCGCCUACUCAAGCUUAAUCGGCGGCUGACCGACGAGGACCGAGAAAGGAGAGGCUUGGAGGAGGAGGUUGCGCGCCUCCGGCAGGAAAAUGAGAGGCUCGACCAGGAACGAGCCAGGGCGCUGGAGGCCGAGCGCCGAGCUGGUGAGGAGUUAAACAACAGGAAUCGGGAGUUGAAUGGACGUGGAGAUGGUGCCGCUAUUUCGGUGGAGGAAUUUCAGGAGUUGCAUACACAAAUGAAUGAUUUGGUGCAGCAGCUCCAAACUCUCCAAUUGAACAUACCACGUCGAGAACCGCCACCAAAUGAGGAUGAUGAUAUUGACGAGGAGGAUGAGCCACCGUGUCGUCCCGCUGGUCGUGGACGUGGCGGGCGUGGUCAUGGUCUUCUUAAUUUUGGUCGUGCUCGGUGCAUUCCUGUUCGAGGUGGACGAGAUUAUGAUGGUGAUGAUGAUAUGUUGUCUGACAUGGAUGAUCAUCGCCAUGGUGGCCAUCGUGGUUAUCGUGACCGCCACCGUCGCCUUGAUGAUGAUGGUUUAAGCAAAGUGAAAGUGUCUAUUCCAAAAUUUAAUGGAAAAGAAAGUGCUGAUGAUUAUUUUGAGUGGGAGACUAAGGUUGAACAGAUCUUUGAUUUGUAUCCUUAUCCUCCUGUCAAGAAAGCAAAGCUUGCUGCAAUUGAGUUUUCAGGCUAUGCAAUCACUUGGUGGAAUCAAGUGUGUACUGAACUCCGACGCGCUGGACAUGAUCGUAUUACUUGGGAAGACAUGAAGAGGGAAAUGCGACGUCGUUUUGUUCCUGCAUAUUACUCUCGUGAUCUACAUUUGAAGCUAAAACGUCUUGUGCAAGGUACUCGUACUGUUGAUGAAUAUUUUCAAGAAUUGGAAAUGUGUUUACUUCGUACAGGGAUAACUGAAGAUGAGGAAUCCACAAUGGCUCGAUUUCUGGUUGGCCUCAAUAAGCCCAUUGCUGAUAAAGUGGAUAUGACAAACUACACAUGUCUCACUGAGUUGGUACAUUUUGCAAAAAGAGCAGAACGACAACUUGCUGGAUCUUAUAAAGAUCGUGCUUCAUUUUCAGCUCAUAAUAGUGCUACUUCAUGGCGCCAGUCACAGCAGCACGGGUCAGGGGUGCACACACCUACAUCUCGUGCAACUUCUUCCAAACAUUUUGAUUCCAAAGGCAAAGCUGUAAGCUCUACUCAGUCCAGCUCCUCUGCUACUGCAGCCCCAAGGCAUACAAGCAAGAUUGAGUGUUUUAAGUGUGGUGGUCAUGGGCAUAAGCAAGCUGAAUGUCCCAAUCGUCGUACGAUUAUUGCCCUUGCUGAUGGUUCAUAUGAUUCACAAAGUGAAGAGGAGGACGAAUCAUCUCCUUAUUUGGUGGUUAGAAGAGUUCUUUCCACUCAGUUUGUUGCUGCUGAACAAGGACAACGUCAUAAUUUGUUUCAGUCCCGAUGCAAAGUGAAAGGUCAAGUGUGUCGUUUCAUCAUAGAUGGUGGGAGCUGCAAUAAUAUUGUUAGUGCCUUGCUUGUUGAGAAGCUUGGCCUACCAACACGCCGCCAUCCACACCCUUACCAUAUGCAGUGGCUGAAUAAUUCAGGGACAGUGAAGGUCUCAUCCAUGGUUCGUUUGUCUUUCUCCAUUGGUGACUAUCAUGGUGAGGUUGAUUGUGAUAUUGUACCCAUGCAAGCAUGCCAUUUGCUGUUGGGUUGUCCAUGGCAGUUUGAUGUGGAGGACUUUGAAGAUGUUUUUCCUGAUGAGGUACCAGCUGGCCUUCCUCCACUCCGUGGUAUUGAGCAUCAAAUCGAUUUGGUACCUGGAGCUUCUCUUCCCAAUCGUCCAGCCUACCGUGCUAAUCCUGAAGAAACCAAAGAAAUUCAGCGACAGGUAAAAGAGCUUUUGGACAAAGGGUAUGUUCGUGAAUCUCUAUCACCUUGUGCUGUUCCAGAACUUUUGGUCCCUAAGAAAGAUGGAUCUUGGCGCAUGUAUCGUGUUGUUUUUCUUGGUUUUGUUGUGACUGCAGAUGGCAUCCAGGUUGAUGAAGAGAAGGUUAAGGCAAUAAAGGAUUGGCCUACUCCUACAAAUGUGAGCCAAAUUCGAAGUUUCCAUGGUCUUGCAGGUUUCUAUCGACGAUUUGUUAAAGAUUUCAGCACGAUCGCUGCACCACUUAACAACUUGACAAAGAAGGAUGUUCCAUUCAAAUGGGGAGAUGACCAAGAGCAAGCCUUUGUAGAGUUAAAAAGAAAGCUUUGUGAAGCACCACUGCUGCAGCUACCUAACUUCGGUAAGACUUUUGAGAUUGAAUGUGAUGCAAGUGGUAUUGGCAUUGGAGGUGUGCUACUUCAAGAAGGUAAACCUAUUGCCUACUUUUCUGAAAAGUUAAAUGGUCCACAUCUGAAUUAUUCUGUCUAUGAUAAAGAGCUUUAUGCCUUAGUUCGAGUUUUGGAAGUUUGGCAACAUUAUUUGUUACCUAAAGAAUUUGUCAUCCAUUCUGAUCAUGAAGCUUUGAAAUAUUUAAAAAGUCAAGGCAAACUGAAUCGUAGACAUGCUAAAUGGAUCGAGUUCAUAGAAACAUUUCCGUAUGUUGUUAAACAUAAGCGUGGUAAAGAUAACAUUGUUGCAGAUGCUUUGUCAAGAAGGUGUGGUUUGUAUUAUGUACAUGAUGAUUUUUUAUUUCGAACUAACAAACUAUGCAUUCCAGCCUGCUCGAUUCGUCAAGUUCUUUUACAGGAAGCACAUGCUGGUGGCUUAGCUGGUCAUUUUGGCAUCAAAAAGACAUUGGACAUGCUCUCUGAUCAUUUCUUUUGGCCACAUAUGCGACGUGAUGUUCAACGACAUGUCGAGCGCUGCAUAAUGUGCUUGAAAGCUAAGUCCCGCCUUAAUCCCCAUGGUCUCUAUACUCCAUUACCAAUCCCAACUGUACCUUGGGAAGAUAUAUCCAUGGAUUUUAUUCUGGGAUUACCAAGGUCUCAGAGGGGGAGGGACUCUAUCUUCGUUAUUGUUGAUCGCUUCUCAAAAAUGGCACAUUUUAUUCCAUGUCACAAGAGCGAUGAUGCUUCACACGUUGCUGAUUUGUUUUUCAGGGAGAUUGUUCGUUUACAUGGAGUGCCAAAGACUAUUGUUUCAGACCGAGAUACAAAAUUCCUGAGCUAUUUUUGGAAGACAUUAUGGGCUAAACUUGGCACGAAGUUGUUAUUUUCCACCACUUGUCACCCACAAACGGAUGGGCAAACUGAAGUUGUCAACCGUACCCUGUCCACCAUGCUGCGUGCCGUGCUAAAAAAGAAUUUGAAGCAGUGGGAAGAAUGUCUUCCACAUGUUGAAUUUGCUUAUAAUAGGGCACUACAUUCCACAACAAAUUUUUGUCCAUUUGAAAUUGUUUAUGGUUUUAAGCCACAUACUCUCAUGGAUCUUUUGCCUUUACCAUUACAGGAACAACCCGGUGACCUCGUGUGGUUGCAUCUACGCAAGGAUCGAUUUCCCCAACAACGUAAGAGUAAGUUAUCACCUAGAGGUGAUGGUCCAUUCAAGGUUCUAAAAAAGAUAAAUGAUAAUGCAUACAAAAUUGAGCUGCCACCUGAAUAUUCCAAUGUUAAUCCAACAUUCAAUGUCAAAGACUUGCUUCCAUUUGUUAGUGAGCCUGAGUCGAGGACGACUCCUUCUCAAGAGGGGGAGGCUGAUGAGGACAU